AUGCGUCUUAGUACUGGAUCGUUUUAUUGCCAUCGUUCAUCCUCUAAAAUACAUCACUUUCAGACUCGCUGUCGAAUUAUCCGAAUUAUUUUCUUCUCUUGGGUUAUACCAGUUAGUUUUUACGCGCUAAAGAUUACCCUUUAUUAUAUAGACACGAGUGUUUUACUGGAAAAUAUUGCACUCGUAAAAUUCAUAAAAACUACAUCAGGGACCCGAGUGGUUUAUUUUCCAUAAUCUCACACGUGAGUUUAUCGAUGACGUAAUUUCUGUCAUUUCCCUCUAUUAUUUUAUCGAUGUCUUUUUGUCUAUAUAAUAAAAAGAACAUUACUCGGCGGCUUGAAGAUAUGAAUUUUAUUUUCUCGUGGCAAAAACAAUAUUUUAGUCACUCGCUGCGCUCGUUCGUAAAAUAUUGUUUUGUCACUCGAAAAUAAAAUUCAUAUCUUCGCGCCACUGUGUAAUAUCCUCUAUUUAUAUGUUUUAUUUCAAAACAAUACCUGUCCCUGUCCCUGUCCCUGUCCCUCUUAUUUGGCUGACAAUAAUUUCCGAGUUUCUUCCAUGUGUUCUGUUAACACUCUGCUUUGCAUCAAUGAUAUUUCACGUACGCAGGCAUGAUCGGUCAGCACGCACCUUAGCAAAACAGUUACGUUUUAACCAUCAGAUGUCGUUUAAAAUCCUCCACGAGAAGUCUGCAGUAAUGAUGAUGGGUCUUGUGAUAGGAGUGUGUCUUGUUUGCUAUGGGAUGCAUCUGCGUUGGCGCUGUGUUUUAAAGAAAAUAACAAAGUAAACUAAAGCCUACCACGGACGUGCGUAACUCAUUAUUGUAGGAUGCAAGUCUUUAAUGAACGAGUGUGAAAGGCUUAAGCAAUUCAGUAAAAGACUGAUAAAUGUGUGAGGCUUAUACUCAAAGCGAAUUGAAAUUUGGAAAAAAAGGCGCAUUAGGAGAGAAAACAAGAACCUUUGGACCCUCAGAGAAUACAAAAUACGAGGGAAUUAGGACUUAGGACCAAGGUUCACAGGUGGUGUGAGACGCAAGUUCUUAUUGGAUGGAACUUUUUAGUUUCACGUCAUGAGAGUAUAACUUUGUGUUCAUACCACGCUACCAAAGCCCGCUUUGCUUCACUUGCUCGAUUUUGGCAUACUCGAGCACGACGCUGCAUCAAUCGAGUAACAAAGGUAGCGUGAGCAUGUGCUGCUUGUUGCUUGGAUAUAGUUUGGAACCCAGGCUUAAUAGCCGUGCGCUUUGUACAGUGGAAUCACCGGUUAUGACCAUCAGUUUGUUAAUUUCAGACUGAAACGGAUGCUCACACUCUGGAUACCAAUUUGACGAGAGAAAACAAGAUUGACAAGUUCAAAAGUUCGAGGUUCGGUGACCUCAUAAGGCUUGGCGCCAAUUUUCCUCCGCACUGAGGUUGUUCGCUCAAUAGUCUUCGUAAUCAACUCUGUUAACGGCGAUAGAUUCCUAGAAUUUACCCAAACCGAACUGAAAGAUUAACUGUUCGAUAUUAUUGUUAUAUGAAGUAAUUUCCUUGUUGAGAAAAACACAAGGAAAUGUAGUAGUUUUGUAAUCUUUCCGUGCAAGUCUAUUUCAGCUCAGUCCUGAUGGUGUGACUGAAGUUAAAAUGAUAAAAUCGUGUUAAGUGUAAAAUGACUUGUUAUGGAGAAAGAAAAGGUAGCUAUCAAAUGUGUCACCUUUUUCGCCCCGGUUACACGAACGUGAGGCUAAUUUUCCUUUAAAUUCCGCAGAAAUCAUGACAAAGAAAUUAAUAUUGGUUGCUAAGGAAGCCCAACUGGAGCGACGAGUUGCUUGUGGCUGGAACGAUAUUAAAAUCGUUGCAUGCCCAAUGGCCGGCCUUUUAAUUAUUAAUGCACCUUUGUUGUAAUUUGUUGUAGACCUGUCGCAAUUUGUAAGAAAUAUGUCGGCCGAAAUUUAGGCUAAAGAGAAGGUACAUUUUUUUUAAUCAGCUAAGGUUUCGGUUAAUUCCAUCUGUUAGAACUGACAGGCCAGACUGGUUUAGUUGUAAAGAGAAUUUAAAUAAAGAUCCAGUCAGAUCAGAGCUAUUUAGAUUAAGAUCGGCAAUGUUGGAGUGUCCCUUUCCAUUUGACAAAAUUGUUGUCUCAAAUACGGCUCUUUUGUAGGAACAAAAACCAUUUGGUCGGGUCAACUCGAUGUAGUUCCACUGGGCAGGCAGAAUUUCCAACAUUUUAACCGGAAUUUUUGUUGUAUUGGAAGCGCCCAUUGGCUUUCAAUUACAGCACGCAACUAUCCUCAUUUUCCUACCAACUGUGUUAUUAUAGCUCGGUCAGUUACCUACUGCGCAUGCAAAACACAUAAUUAUUAGAAAUUACCAAGUUUAUGACAAAGUAGGACAAUAAAAAGGACUUCUGUCUAGUAACAUACAUCUGCCAGAGAAUAGCUCACAACCUCCUGACAUUUUUGCGAAGAGGAUAUUUUUCUUUUAUCUGUAGUUAAUAAGUACGGAUGGAGACCUGGUUUUGGAUUCUUGGAUGGGUUCUUUCGUUUCUUGCCAUCACUGGAAAUGGAUUUAUAAUCUUCCUCGUCUGCAGCAGACGAAAUCUCCGCACCAAAACCAACGCGUUUAUUGUUUCACUUGCAGUAGCGGAUUUCUGUGUUGGUUUGAGCGUUGUUCCUUCUUUGUUCGCAUGCGACGUUACAAGCACCUGUGACUGGCCUCAGGUUUUUCUUUCAUGGAAAGAUGUCGUAAGGUGGCUGUUUAGCUACUUGUCUGUUUUAAACUUGUGUUCUCUGGUGCUCGACCGUUAUAUCGCCAUCGUAAAGCCUUUUAAGUACUUAACUUUUCUGAGUCGAUCUCGUGUUAUUCAAGUGAUAACUUCCUGUUGGAUAGCGUCAUUUACGUUGGUUGCGUUCAAGACCGCACUUCGGCUUUGCUGUGAGACCCCUCUGACCAGUAUCGUUGCAGUUGUGGUUUUAAUGAUUUCCAUGGAAAUCGUUCCAUGCGUUCUGCAGAUACUCUGUUUUGUGUCAAUGUUAAUUCAUGUAAGGAAACAUGAUCGGUCAGCAUGCACCCUAGGACGGAUAUCUUUUAAAACCCAUAACGAGAAGUCUGCAGUAAUAAUGAUGGGUAUUGUGAUAGGAGUGUUUGUUGUGUGCUACGGAAUAUACUUACGUUGUAGUUUAGUAGUACUAUCCGACACAAAAGCAUCAUGUAAAGAUGAUCAAUACAAAAUUCCUGUAUUGGUUUUAAACUCGGCCAUUAACCCAAUGUGUUAUGCUUUUUUCAAAAGAGACAUAAAGAAAGAGUUUAAAAGGCUUAUCAGUCAGGUGGUUUUUUUUAAGCGGAAAAGUAACCGAGUAGAGCCUUCCACUUGA